AUGUUGUCAAGAUCAAUUAAUCUUUCAAAGACUGUUAGAUACUUUUCAACUUCAAGUGCUACAUUGAAUGAAGUUGUAAUUGUUGCAGUCAAUAGAACACCAAUUGGAUCGAUUGGAGGUGUAUUGUCAAGUGUGACUGGACCAAAGUUACAAUCGAUUUCGAUUGCCGAUGCUUUGAACCGUGCCGGUCUCAAGCCAACCGAUGUUGAUGAAGCUAUCAUUGGUAACGUCAUCUCUUCCAACCUUGGCCAAGCUCCAGCCCGUCAAUGUGCUAUUGGCGCCGGUCUCCCCACCAGCGUCGUCUGCACCACCGUCAACAAGGUGUGCUCGUCGGGUAUGAAGGCUGUCAUGUUUGGCACACAAUCCAUCCAACUCGGACACAGUCGUGUGGUCGUUGCCGGUGGUUUUGAGAGUAUGUCCAACGUACCAUACUACACUGACAAGAUGAGAUACGGUGCCAAGUAUGGCAACGUGCAGUUGGUCGACGGUCUCGUCCGUGACGGUCUAUCUGACGCUUACGACGGCUCGGCUAUGGGUGUCUGCGGUGACGUCUGUGCCACCAAACACAACAUCACACGUCAAGAACAAGACGCAUAUGCCGUCGAGUCGUACAAGCGUGCACAAGCCUCGCAAAAGGACGGUCUCUUUAAAGACGAAAUCGUACCAGUCCCCAUCCCACAAAAGGGUGGUGAACCACUCUUGAUCAAGGAUGAUGAAGAGCCAACCCGUGCCAAAUUCGACAAGAUCCCAGGUCUCAAGCCUGCAUUCACCAAGGACGGUACUAUCACCGCCGCCAACGCCUCCAAGCUCAACGACGGUGCCGCCACAGUCAUCCUCAUGUCGGCCAGUCUCGCCAAAGAAAAGGGACUCAAGCCACUCGCCAAGAUCAUCGGUUAUGCCGACGCUGAACAAGCCCCAGUAGACUUCCCAACCGCUCCAGCACUCGCCAUCCCCAAGGCACUCAAGAAUGCCAACAUCUCAAUCAAGGAUGUCGACUAUUUCGAAAUCAACGAAGCUUUCUCAGUCGUCCCACUUGCCAAUGCCAAGCUCCUAGACAUUGACCUCAAGAAACUCAAUAUCCUCGGAGGUGCUGUUGCUAUGGGUCAUCCAAUCGGUUCAUCCGGUGCUCGUAUCAUCGCAACCCUUACCAACAUCCUUCACAAGAAGGGUGGUAAAUAUGGUGUUGCUGCUAUUUGCAAUGGUGGUGGUGGUGCCAGCGCUAUUGUAAUGUAUAUGUGGGGAUUUGUUAGAGAAAUGCAUUGGAAUCUUGCAUUGGAAUUCAAUCCAUCUCAUCGUGGUGCAAAUAAUCAGCUGAGGAUGAAGAUUAAGACUACCAAUGUAAACACCACCAAUAACAAUAAUUGUACUACUAGUCCAACAACUCAAUCACUAUUUGCAGAGAUUAAAUAUCCUGAUAUUAGAAAGAGAUUAAAUAUUCGUUAUAAUGAUGAAAUAACAUCAAUAUUAUUAGAUCAUGAAAAUUUCAAAGUAACAUCAUUGAUUAAUGUAUUGGCUGAAAGGUUUCAAGUAGAUGUUGCUAUUCGUCCAUUACUUAGAUUGAAAACGGUUGAAGAUGGUGGCAGACGUAUUAUAUCGUUGCAAGACAAUUCAACCUACCACGAUCAAAUCCUCGUACUCUUUCAAUCGACCAUCAAAGAGUUGGAAUCUGAACAAUCGGAACAAGAACGUAUCAGAAAACAACAAGAAAUUCUAAAGGCUGAAAGAUUAAAGUUUGAAGAGGAAAAUACAAACUAUCGUUCAGAUUCCAAAUUCCUUCAAGACUCUUUUCAAUUGAUUCAACUUUACAAAGAUCAUACCUCUAUCUCUGAUUCUUAUCCAUAUUGUUUACAAUUUUUAUUAACUUUGGAUACUAAUAUUGAAUAUGGAUAUAUUUUCAUAAAUGAUAAUUUAAAUUACCAAAACAAUGGUGUUGAAUUGAAUGAUGUUAGAGUAUAUUCACCAAAUUGUAAUGAAUUUGCUGAUUUGGUGAAUGGAUGGAUCAAGGAUUCAAUCGAUAGUGGAUCAAAAGAUAUUUGUUCUAUUAUCAAUCACACCUUUGAAAAGUUUAAACAACAUUUUAAACCAAGUCAACCAUAUACAUCUGUCAAUGAUAUCAACCAAAUAUUCCCUUCAAAUUUGAAAUCUUUGGAAACUAUUUCUCAUAGCCAAUUCUUAUUAAAUAUUCAAAAGAUGAUUGUUAAUAUUAGUGAUUCAUUGAAAUUAAAUUAUUCCAAGUCUUCACAGGUAUUAUACAAAAAUCAAUGGAAUAUGAGCAAGUUAAAGGCGUCGAUUAGAGAGGGUGUGACAAAGGCAGAGGUUGAACAGAGAUUGAUUGAUCGUACUCGAUUCAAACAAUUGACAUUUGGUGACAAUGCCGAUGAAGAUUGUUCGAUUUGCUACUGUCCAUUUGAAGAUCAAAAGAGUGUGGUUCAGUUGGCCUGUGGUCACAACUUUUGUUAUCAAUGUAUGUCAUCCUAUAUUAUUGCUAGUGUAAGCGAUGGAAAUGGUAGUAGUUCUCCUAUUUCUUGUAUGGAUAGAGAGUGUAACUAUGUAUUGGACAUGGUCACUAUCUUUAAUAUUCUCCUCAAAGAUGACAUUCGUUCAUUUGCUCAACUCAAUACAAUGAUCAUUAAUGACGUUGCUUUAUUGUCAAAGUCAAAAUGGUGUCCGGGAACUGGUAACCGUACGUGCACACGUUUGUUGUUUGGCGCAGACCAACGUAACAACAUUCCAUUUGUAGUGUGUGCCUGUGGCGCCAAUCUGUGUUUGUUGUGUGGUGCAAACGAUCCACAUUGGCCAUCGGCCUGUGUCAAGUCGCAUACACUUGAUGGCGAGGUCGAAGACUUCCAAUGGAUCUUUCAAAACACGACUCUUUGCAGAAAGUGCACUUACCCAAUCGAGCGUAGUGGUGGGUGCAACCACAUGGUCUGCCAAAAGUGUCAGCACCAACUAUGCUAUAUUUGCGGUGACGACUGGGCACCACGCCAUUACGCCUGUAUACCUUCCAAGGACAAAGCACUCAGAUUCCGCUCUCUCCUCGAAAAGAGUGAGAGCGAGUCGUACUUUUCGACCGUCCUCUUUGCGCAACACAAUAUCCGUCGUUCCAACCCCUUUGGCGCACUCUUUAACAACCUCUACGGGCUCUCUUACAAGGUAGCCGACAAGGACAAAGAUCUCGUACUCCGCGCAACCCGUGUCGUCAUGUCAAUCAUCAAAAACAAGUUUGUAAACGCCUCUGAAAAGGAGGAUGCUUUUGCCGACUUGAGAUUGAUCAUUCCACACGUUUACAGGAUUAAAAAGGUCAGUGACGAGUUGCGUCAUGCCAAGCUCAAGGCUGCUCAAGCCAAUCUCCAAAGACCAGUUGAUAUCAUCCGGUCCCUUGUCUGCCGCAUUUCACUCAACGACAAGCCAAACGAGUUGCUCGACACUAUGUUUGUGCAACGCUCGUUCCCAGAGUUCCGUCGCGAGGUCAUGGACAUGGUCGCCGGUGCCACCCAAGGAAAAGUCGUCCUCUCUACAUCGUUUAGAUUGUACAAUCGUUUUGGACAUUUGGUCAAAUCAUGGAAUGAUAUUCUCUACAAUGACCAUCUCUUUAUCACCAAAGAUGAUACUGAAACAUUUGUUCAACCAAUCAUCCAAGAACAAGUCGAAGAAGAAAUCUCUCAAGAACAACUUGUCAAGAAAUUAAAGGAUAUCAAAUUAAAAUCAAAAAGAGAACCAAAUUCAAAUCAAUCCAAUCAAUCCAAUCAAUCUCCAUCAACUUCACCAACCAAACAACAACAAACACAAAAGAAGAUUGAUCCAAUGAUUUUAGUUGAAGCAUCACUUUUGUUUGCAGAUUUAUACAAAUUGGAUGACGAACAAUCUUAUGACUUGGUUUCAAAUAUCUAUCAUCAAAGUAGUAUUGCCAUCAAAUCAGUUGAUGAAUUGAUCAAUUUGGUAUUGGCUGAAAACAUUGGUAAACAAUUUAGCAGAAAUGUAUUUGCUGAUCCAGAAUCGGUAGAGUCAAAGGCAAAGGAAGAAUUGACCAAAUUAAUAGUGUCUGCAGAUUACACUGAAUUUGUUGAAAACAAUAUCGGACAUAUCGAGCAAUGUUUGAUCGAUUGUAAUUUCGAUGUUCAACUCGCUCUCCCAAUGAUCCUAUCCGAUGCCCAAGCCGAUGAAUGUGCUCGUCUCCAACAACAUUACGAUGACCAAGACGAAGAUGAACUCGACGACUACUUGGAAUAUGUUGACGAGUUGGAAAGCAACACUAAAAUCCUUUACACCAGACCAAAUCGUAAAGGUGCUGCUGAUUUCUGGUAA